GGUACUCUAGUUAUUGUGUUCAGAGUGACCCAAAAUAGAUAAAAAUAAAUAAAAAUUAAUAAACAUUGUAGCUCUGUUGGGCUUAUAAAUUAAAACGUAAAACCUGAUUUAUAAUCAUGUUACAGCAGUAGUACAAAUUAUAAAAAUGUCUACUUAUUUUUAUUUAAUUCAGCCCAAUUUUUAUAACAGAAGAAUAAAUACUUAGUUACGGCAGGCUUUGUUUAGUGACUGCUGCACACUUUAUAGUACCUGUAAAAACUGAAUGAAAAUGCCAGAAAGGAGAUCAUUUAUUAUAAGGCAUCUACAAACUCCAAUCUACUGUAGCUACUAGGCCUAUACAAAUAUUUAAAAGUUUGAAAACAAUUUGAAUUAACAUUUAAAAUAUUUUAUCCUCAGUUAAUUUAUAAGAAGCAAGGCAGCAUGGGAGAGGCAACAUGUGAUUUAGAUAUACAGUCAGAGGAAUUAACAGAAUUUUCAUAUUCUAAAGAUGUGAAGCCAGAGCUAUCUACAUUAUUUUCAUCUUCUACUGACAUAAAAACAGAAGUAUCAACAAUUUUGACUUUCCAUGAUAUGAAACCAGACAUGACAUUUAUAACUCCACGGGAUUUUAAAACCGAUGUUACACCACAAUUUUUAUCUUCUAAAGAUACAAAAACAGAGUAUACAACAUUUUCAUCUUUUGAUGAUGUAAAACACAAUACGAAAUUAAUAACUUCUCAAGAUGUAACAACAGGAUUUUUAAUUAAUAAAGAUAUGGAACCUGCUGUAUCAGCAAUAUGUACAAGAUCUGGAGAUAUAAAAUCAGAAUUAGAAAUGUUAUCAACUAGAGAAGAUAUGAAUUCAGAAUUAGCAAUGUUAGCAAGAAGUGAUGAUAUAAAACCAGAUUUAUGGACAAAAUUUAUAGAUUUUGAGGACAAACAACAAAAAGGACUAGAAGAAAAGCUAAUACUUUCUGAAGACGAAACAUUUGUUUCUGUUGAUCAUCAUGAACAUUUUUUUCAGAGAUCUAACUUGAAUAAACAUAAACAAGCUCAAGUAGGGGAGAGGCCUCUUGAAUGUGAUGAUUGUCAUAAAAAGUUUUCAAACAUUUCUAGUUUAAGUGAACAUAAGAAAGUCCAUUUAAUGGUUAAGCCUUAUGAAUGUGAUGUUUGUCAUAAAAAGUUUUCAGACAGUUCUAGUUUAAGUGAACAUAAGGAAAUCCAUUUAAUUGUUAAGCCUUAUGAAUGUGAUGUUUGUCAUAAAAAGUUUUCACACAGUUCUAGUUUAAGUAAACAUAAGAAAGUCCAUUUAAUGGUUAAGCCUUAUGAAUGUGAUGUUUGUCAUAAAAAGUUUUCAUACAGUUCUAGUUUAAAUAAACAUAAGAAAGUACAUUUAAUGUUUAAGCCAUAUGAAUGUGAUGUUUGUCAUAAACAGUAUUCAUACAGUUCUAGUUUAAGUAUACAUAAGAAAGUCCAUUUAAUGGUUAAGCCAUAUGAAUGUGAUGUUUGUCAUAAAAAGUUUUCAUACAGUUCUAGUUUAAAUAAACAUAAGAAAGUACAUUUAAUGGUUAAGCCAUAUGAAUGUGAUGUUUGUCAUAAAAAGUUUUCAUACAGUUCUAGUUUAAGUAAACAUAAGACAGUCCAUUUAAUGGUUAAACCAUAUGAAUGUGAUGUUUGUCAUAAAAAGUUUUCAGGUAGUUCUAGUUUAGGAAACCAUAAAAAAAUGCAUUUAAUGUUUAAGCCUUAUGAAUGUGAACUAUGUCAUAAAAAGUUUUCACACAGUUCUACUCUAAGCAUACACAUAAAAAUUCAUUUAGGGGUUAAGCCUUAUGAAUGUGUUGUUUGUCAUAAAAAGUUUUCAUGCAGUUCUACUCUAAACAAACACAAAAAAAUUCAUUUAGUAGUUAAGCCCUAUGAAUGUGAUGUUUGUCAUAAAACAUUUUCAUACAGUUGUAAUUUUAAUGCACACAAAAAAGUUCAUUUAGGAGUUAAACCAUAUGAAUGUGAUCUUUGUCACAAAAAGUUUUCAGACAGUUCUACUCUAAGCAAUCACAAAAAAAUUCAUUUAGUAGUUAAGCCCUAUGAAUGUGAUGUUUGUCAUAAAAAGUUUUCAGAUAGUUCUAAUUUUAAUGCACACAAAAAAAUUCAUUCAGGAGUUAAACCAUAUGAAUGUGAUCUCUGUCAUAAAAAGUUUUCAUUCAGUUCUAGGUUAAAUAAACAUAAAAAAGUCCAUUCAGGAGAUAAGCCACAUGAAUGUGAUGUUUGUCAUAAAAGGUUUUCAGACAGUUCUACUCUAAGCAAACACAAAAUAAUUCAUUCAGGAGUUAAACCAUAUGAAUGUGAUUUUUGUCAUAAAUUUUUUUCAUACAGUUCUAAUCUAAGCACACACAAAAAAAUUCAUUUAGAGGUUAAGCCUUAUAAAUGUGAUGUUUGUCAUAAAAAGUUUUCAGCCACUUCUAAUUUCAUAAAACACAAAAAAAUUCAUUUAGGGGUUAAGCCUUUUGAAUGUGAUGUUUGUCACAAAAGGUAUUCAAAUAGUUCUGCUCUAAGCAAACACAAAGAAAUUCAUUUAGUGGUUAAGCCUUAUGAAUGUGAUCUUUGUCAUAUAGGAUUUUCACAUAGUUCUGGUUUAAGUAGGCACAAAAAAAAUCAUUCAGGAGAUAAAUUCUAUAAAUCUGAUGUUGGUCAUGAAAACUUUAUUGAGAAGAGUGUAUGAUAAUAUUUUUUAAAUUGUUGACGCACCAGUCCACUACUGUCAUUACAAAAAAGGGCAAUAAAACUGGUUACUAGCUUGUCUAGUAGCCUGGAUUCUUUUGUUACAACUAAUAUACUUCCAUUAAAUAAAAAGAUAAUAUAUACUAAAGAAAUUUUUUAAUAUAAAAUAUUCCAGGGAACAGCCCCCUCUUACUUAUCAGACCUUUUUUCUUUUAACACAAAUUUAAAUCUUCGUCUUAGUUUACUGAUCCCCUAUACAACUUUUUUCCAAAAACAUAGCUUCGCCUACUGUUUCUAAUUUGUGGAACAACCUUCCUAAUAAAAUAAAACUUUCUAGAUAUGAAAAUAUAUUCAAAACUUAACUAAAAAACAAUUAUUUAAUGACUUCUUCAUUGCAACACUUCUCAUUCAUCUAUUAAUAUGUUCUUAUUUUAUCUGGUUUUGAAUUAUAACUAUAGUAAUAUUAUUUCAUUAUUCCACAUUUUUUAGUGCUUUGUUACUAUCUCUUUAUUACACAAUUGCUUUUUUAAAUGCUGUUAUUACAUUGUUGCGUUGUUUGUUUAUAUUUUAAAACAGCCAAUGUGAAAAAAAGGCCUCCGUGCCUACUAUUGUUACUGUUAUUGAAUUCAUGAUCUGUAUAUAUUAAUAAUAGGAAGGAUAGCAUGUUUUAGUUCUACUUCCAGGUCACUUGUAUAUAUUUUUGUAUGUAUGCAAAUACAGCUAAAUUGAUGUUUAUUACAUACAUUUAAAUAAAAAUAAAAGGUAAUAGCAGACUAUUCUUAAUAAAUGAUAAUAGUAAAAUUACCUAAUUUAAAAAUUUAUGAAAACUUUACCCACAAUAGUGUAUGAUAAUAUUUUUUUAAUUGUUGAAGCACCAAUAGAAAAGACAUUCUAAUCUUCAAUUUAUUCAUUAUCUAGUAGAAUCUAUAUAUUAAUUUUAGGAUAGCAUGUAUUAAUUCUACUUGUAGGACACUUGUAUAUAUUUUGGUAUUUUAUUUGCAAAUACAGCUAAAUUGAUGUUUAUUGCAUACAUUUAAAUGAAAAUAAAAGAUAAUAGCAGACUAUUAUUAAUAAAUUAUUAUAGUAAAAUUACCCAAUUUAGACCAUCCUUGUGGCUGAACAUUUAUAGUUGAUCUUUUCUUUGGUCUCAGUCUGAGAAGUGUAAGUGGGGUCAUUCCCUAAAACUAAACAAUUAUCAGUUUCUAAUGCUUGAUACUAUUCCACUUUCUUAACACGUUUUUAUUAACUCAGCUUCGCGUGUGUUUGUUGUCAAAAUUGACAUCGAAAAUUAGCCCACUUCUGAUUGCUCUAUAGAUCUGAAAUUUGGCAUGUAGGUUACUUUCGCCUAACAAUUUCAGAUGCAAUCAUAAAAACUAGCAAUUAGAGACCGUAAUUAGCUUAAUUUAAUUACGCCCCAAGGACCAUAAAAUUGAGGACAUGAUUUCUAAAGAUACCGACAAGACUGGAGGCCUAUUGACACAGUUACUUCGGCCCCAAUCGAUGUGAGCGCGCUGGCUGUGAUCGUAUAGUGGUUAGUACUUCGCGUUGUGGCCGCGACAACCCAGGUUCGAAUCCUGGUCGCUCAAGAUUUUUAGUCCGUGUAUUUAUAAACACUUAGUCAAGUCAUACUUAAUCAAGUCAUUAGAUAAAGUAGAAAAUAAACUAUAUAAAAAACUUUUUUAAAAACCACGUUUUUCAUGUGUAGCAACGGACUAAAAAGGAGAAAAUAAAAUACUUAAAAA